GAAAUGAGGACUUAGUCUGUUACACAACUGACUGGGCUGUUUAGGGAGCUGUGGUUUCCCUUUGGCCUCAAGUCCUUCCCUCUCCCCGGGUUUUUCUUGCUUGCGACUGUGGUAUAGGCAUGAGUGGGGAUCAGCUGCAUAACGACUCCCAGAUUGAUCCAGAUUUCCGAGCGAAUGAUUCGCACAAACAUAAAGAUAAACACAAAGACAGAGAACAUCGACACAAAGAGCACAAGAAGGAUAAAGACAGAGAAAAAUCCAAGUACAGUAACAGUGAACACAAAGAGUUUUCAGAGAAGAAACACAAAGAGAAGGAGAAAACCAAACAUAAAGAUGGUAGUUCAGAAAAACAUGACAAACACAAAGACAAGCACAAAGAUAGAGAGAAGGAGAAGCGAAAGGAAGAAAAGAGUAAAUCAUCUGGUGAAAUGAAAAUAAAGAAAGAAAAGGAAAAUGGCUUCUCCAGUCCACCACGUAUAAAGGAAGAAAUAGAUGAUGAUGGCUAUUAUAAAGAAGAUUACAAGAGACCCCGAGAGGAUGAUGAUAUUGACUACAAACCUAAGAAGAUUAAAACCGAAGAUGUAAAAAAAUCAAAAAAACGAAAACAGGAAGAUGAAGAGGAGAGCAAACCGAAGAAAAUAAAGAGCAAAGAUAAGAAGCCCCCAGGAGAUAUGAAAAAGAAAAAAACAAAAAAAGAAGAGGAACAAAAAUGGAAAUGGUGGGAAGAAGAACGCUAUCCUGAAGGUAUUAAAUGGAAAUUCUUGGAGCACAAAGGUCCUGUGUUUGCUCCGCCAUACGAACCGAUGCCUGAAAAUGUCAAAUUCUACUAUGAUGGUAAAGUUAUGAAACUCAGUCCCAAAGCAGAAGAGGUUGCAACUUUCUUUGCAAAAAUGCUUGAUCAUGAGUACACUACAAAGGAUAUCUUCAGGAAAAACUUCUUUAAAGACUGGAGAAAGGAAAUGACUCCAGAAGAAAAGGGAAUUAUCACCAGCCUCAGCAAAUGUGACUUUGGUCAUAUGAGUCAGUAUUUCAAGGCCCAAACAGAAGCUAGAAAGCAAAUGACCAAGGAUGAAAAGCAGCCCAUUAGAUCUGGAAAGGGUCCAGAGAAGUCUCCCGCACCAUUGGUAGGGUUUUACCCGUACGACUUCGCUGCUUAUUACGGUGAAGACAUCAUCAUCAAUUGUAGCAAGAAUUCUAAAGUCCCUCCUCCUCCUCCUGGACAUAAAUGGAAAGAGAUUCGGCAUGAUAAUAAAGUAACCUGGCUGGUAUCAUGGACUGAGAAUAUUCAAGGAUCUAUUAAGUACAUCAUGUUGAAUCCCAGCUCUAGAAUCAAGGGUGAGAAAGACUGGCAGAAAUACGAGGUAGCUCGGAGAUUAAAGAAGUGCGUUGAUAGGAUUCGAAAUCAAUAUCGAGAAGACUGGAAAUCCAAAGAGAUGAAAGUGCGGCAAAGGGCUGUGGCAUUGUACUUCAUUGACAAACUUGCUCUGAGAGCUGGCAAUGAGAAAGAAGAAGGAGAGACUGCUGACACAGUGGGCUGUUGCUCCCUCCGUGUGGAACAUAUUAAUUUGCAUCCAGAAUUAGAUGGUCAGGAAUAUGUAGUAGAAUUUGAUUUCCCUGGAAAAGACUCCAUAAGAUACUAUAACAAAGUACCUGUUGAGAAAAGGGUAUUUAAGAAUCUUCAGUUAUUCAUGGAGAAUAAGCAGCCAGAAGAUGAUUUAUUUGAUAGGCUUAAUACCAGCAUUUUAAAUAAGCAUCUUCAAGAUCUAAUGGAAGGGCUGACAGCUAAGGUAUUCCGAACAUAUAACGCCUCUAUUACGCUACAGCAACAACUGAAGGAACUCACAACCUCGGAUGAUAACAUCGCAGCAAAGAUCCUGUCUUACAACCGUGCCAACAGAGCUGUUGCUAUUCUUUGCAACCACCAGAGGGCACCUCCAAAAACCUUUGAAAAAUCCAUGAUGAAUUUACAGACCAAGAUUGAUGCCAAGAAGGAACAGUUGGCCGAUGCCAAGAGAGAACUAAAAAGCGCCAAAGCCGAUGCCAAGAUCCGAAGGGAUGAGAAGUCUAAAAAGACUGUGGAAACUAAGAAGAAGGCUGUACAAAGGGUGGAGGAACAGCUGAUGAAGCUGGAAGUUCAAGCAACAGACCGAGAGGAAAACAAGCAAAUAGCUUUGAGUACCUCCAAACUAAAUUAUCUGGAUCCUAGAAUUUCUGUUGCUUGGUGCAAGAAAUUUGGAAUACCGAUAGAGAAAAUAUAUAAUAAAACUCAACGAGAGAAAUUUGCCUGGGCAAUUGACAUGGCAGAUGAAGACUUCGAGUUUUAAUGUGAUUUUAAUGGGCUGGAUUUUAUGGAAGAAAAUGAGCGUAGCCUGAUUUUAGGGAGAUUGAUAAACUGUGAGCCUUACUUGUUCUUUAUAUUGGGGGGCGGGGGGUGUCAGAGGGGAAAGUGAGUGUCUGAUGAAAUACCCAACAUCUUUGAGUAAAGAUAUGCCUGGAAUAUUGUAGAGGAGCCAAGACAGUUGUCCUAUGGACAACUUAUUUAAAUCUGUUUCAGAGACCUAAAUUCUAGCUGUAUGGUUGUGUUUUAUCUCUGGAGUACAGUAAGGACAAAUGAAUGGAACAAUUUGUUAAUGUUCUACCUGACAAAUUUGCCAUUACACUGAAGAGCUUGGAAAUCAUUAUCUACUGUAUACAGAAUCCAAUGAGAUAUUGAUAUGUUUUUACAGUUAGGGUUUUGCAAUAACUUCUAUAUUUUAAUAGAAAAUGGACUCCUUAAUUUCUCCCCAUCCCCCUCAUUAAUUUAACACAACUGAAGCCCUUAGCACACUGGUUUUGGCCACAAUGGUCCUGGAAACACCCUGUUGUUUUCAUUUUUACUUAUCACCAUCAUGGUAAUGAAACCUAGACUAAAAAUGCAACAUCUCUUCAAAGCAAAGCAUGAUGGGAAGAUCCUUCCUGACUUGAGUGUUACUUUUUUUGUUAAUGUGAAUUUUUAGUACUUUUAAUUAUUUUAAAAUAUUUAAACUUUUUUUUCUUCUUGAUCUUAAAGAUCAUGUAGAUUUGCAGAAGAUAGGAGGGAAAGGGCUGGGGAGGGUUAAUAGAUUAUGAGUACAAACAAAUUUGUGACAAAAUGUAUUCCCAUCAUACUUUGUUCUGAGUACAUUAUAUAUAUAUGUAUAGAUAUAUAUAUGAGAAAUAUCCACAUUUGUGGGUUUUGUUUUGUUUUUUCCUAUGGCAGAUUUUUUUCUCUCCCCCCCCCCUUUUUUUUUAAUAAAAAAAAAACCUUUCUGCUCUCUUUUACUUGAAAGAUUUUAUUGUGUAAAAAGAACUUUCACAGGUCAAUAAAAUUUUGAGGGAAGUGAGCUUUGGUCCAGGAAAAAAAAAUAAAAAAAAUCAAGAUUUAGGGCUUUUAUUUUUUUUCUUUUGUAAUUGUGUACAAAAAAUAAUAAAAAAAUAAAGCAGAAUUUUAAUGUGAACCUUUUUUUGCUAUAGUCCAUUAGUUUUAGAAGCAUUGUUAGUUUAGUGUGGUGCAAAGGCAAGUUUCCCGCAGUCUCUCCUUGACAAGUAUCUUCUAUUUUUAUCAUGAAUUCCCUUUUAAUCAACUGUAGGUUAUUUAAAAUAAAUUCCUACAA